AUGCUGCCCCAGGAGCCCCUCCACCCGGACGGGCCCACGUCGACGCUCUACACGUCGUACCACCCGGGCCACAAUCUCCCGCCCAUGCAGCCAGCACCCUUCACACACCACCGCGCCCAACACAAUGUCGUCGCGCACACAGCAGCUUCCCACAACAGCCUCGGAUCCACGGCAAAGGGAAUCAUGAUCGGCAUCUUUUCCGUCCUUGGCGCUGCGGGAAUAUGCCUCAUCAUCGCCGCCAUUGUUUACUACUUCAGGUACACGCAAACAGGCCGCAUCUUCCUCGACCGGAUAACGCGGCCAGGUGAAUAUGAUGACGAACAGCAAUUUGCCAAAGAAGAGGCCGAGGCGCUCGACUCUAUGGACGAUCUGCAGCGAACAGAGUACCUGAGAGCCAAAGCUUUCGUUCAAGCAAACCCGCCCGAAUCCGUUCAAACCGAUAUCUCUCUUUCACAAUUCCUGGCCAUUCAAGAAAAGGGUGUAUCUGCUUGGGAAUUUGAGCCCGAACUCGAGAUUGCAAACUGCUUUGUAGAAGGCCGUACUGAAAUCGAGUUCUUCGAUUCCGAAUGCAGCGUUCAGAGCAACCUACCGAUACCCAAGCAAAACGAAGUCUACUACUGGGAAGCCAAGGUUUACGAAAAGCCCGAGAGCACAAGCAUAGCGAUUGGCGUGACGACCAAGCCAUAUCCAUUAUUUAGGCUUCCAGGCUACCAUAAAUCAUCAAUAUCAUACAUGUCCAACGGAAACCGCCGAUACAACCAGCCCUUCCAACCCUCUGCAUACGGUCCCGCCUACGUUCAAGGAGAUGUCAUUGGCGUUGGAUACCGACCUCGAACUGGAACAGUCUUCUUCACGCGCAAUGGUAAAAGGCUUGAUGACGUCGCACACGGCCUCAAGACCCAGAACUUCUUCCCCACAGUCGGCGCAAAUGGUCCAUGCCACGUUCAUGUCAACUUUGGUCAGAUGGGCUUCGUAUUCAUCGAAGCCAAUGUUAAGAAGUGGGGUUUAGCACCGCAAACCGGAAGCUUGGCCCCACCACCACCAUAUGGCAGCGAACAAGGAUCUAUACUGCUAGACUCUGGGCGGGAAGGUGUUAGAGAAGGAAUGGCUGGCAGUUACAUCCAAGCAGGCUACGCACAUGCACGGUCUAGCAGUCAGCAAAUGCGUCUUGGGAGACAAGUACCCACUAGUCCAGGCCCCCAACGUAGCCCGACAGACAUAUCCCUCACAGCACUCAGCCUCGUAGACUCGAAUGACGAUCCCGGCGAAGGUACCAGCGAGGACUACCGAAGGACAAUCCCAGCCAACCAGGGCUUGACUCUUCUGCAACCCGGCGAGCUUCCCCCCGAAUACACCAGUCCUGUCGGCUCUCCCAGCCUGCGAAACACGGCUAGCCAUCAAAACGGUUAUUGGGACGAGCGAGCACCACUCCUACAGAACCAGCAACAGCCGAGGGAAACUAGCCCGCCCGUCCCCAGCUACGACGCUGCCAUGGCCGAUGCACCAGAGAUACGACCACCCACAAUUAGAGUACGCAGCGCGACUGAAGCUGGCGUCCGACCCCGACCUCGAGCACUUCAUUGA